GGGUUUAUAUAAUAACCACUAGGUUGCUCACCUCACCUCACUGCCUUAGCCUUACGACCCUCACCCCCUCACGCACAGCGCACGACCUCACAGGCGACUCCGCCGACUAGGAGGGGGGAUACUCCGUCCGAUCGUCCCCUUACAGGCGACUACGCCGCGAGAAUCCUGCCUUCACCUACUCGAUCGAUCCAAUUUUUGCAUCUUCAGGUAAAAAUUUCCAAAUCUAUAGUAGCUCCACUGUUCUAGGGUUUCGCUUGGUGCGAGCAUGGAAAAAGAAUGGUCCGAGUCGAUGCGAAGAGGGCGUUAGUUGGAGCGGGAUCUCGGAUCCUGUUCUACGGUUCCGAAGGGCCAAACCAUUAAUGUUACCAAGGAUGAUGUUUCAGCCAUUAAAAAGGUUGGUUAUUGCUCCGUCUAAUUGGCGAGAGGGAUAAAGGUUGGUUGCAUCGAGGAAGGUAUCCAAAGAUUUCACCUUUGAAGCUUAACUUUUCUGGGAUCUUUUGUCGGGAUGCUAGAGCUUGUAUGGUGUUGGUCGGAGGUGUGGGCACUAACCAAAUGCAGCAGUCUUCCAGCUUUACCUUUCAUGUGAUGCCAAUUCCUUUCAAUUUAUGGGAAUAUGACACCCGAACAAAGACGAUCUCAGAAAAGGAUCAUUUUUGGAAGUGGUUCAUAAAGAUGGGCCGUGCUUUCAAGCGCGAAAAGAAAAAUUAAAUACUUCCACUCAUAUUCUUGCCCAGAGAAUUGCUCAAGACCAAUAUCGAGUAGAUUCACUUCAUUCAAAGUAUAAGCUAUUGUCCACAAAUCAUCCAUCAACAGUCACGCUUCCAGCCACGCUUGGGCUAUCAAUGGGUUCAUUACUAUAUGUUGUGAAGGUGGGUCUAGGAACACCAGCCACAUAUCUCUCCCUUGCAUUUGAUACUGGUAGUGACCUCACAUGGACUCAAUGUGAGCCCUGCAUGCUACAUUGCUACAAUCAAACAGAACCAAUCUUCAAUCCCUCAAAAUCCACAUCUUAUUCCAACAUUCCUUGCAAAUCACCGUUGUGUGCUCAACUCGAUGCUCAUGGUUGCUUUAAAAAUUCCUCCUGCCUCUAUAGCAUUGAGUAUGGAGAUGAAUCAUACUCAUUUGGAUUCUUUGCAAAAGAAAAAUUAACCUUGACGCAAUUUGAUGUAAUUGAAAAUUUCCAAUUUGGUUGUGGCCAAAAUAAUUCGCUACUCCCCGAUGUAAUGACGUCCGGAAUCCUUGGACUCUCCCAAAGCAAUGCAUCUAUUGUGUCACAAACUGCUAAAAAAUACAAUGAGGUUUUUUCUCACUGCCUUCCAUCUUCACCUUGCUCUCUUGGCCACCUCACUUUUGGAAAUAUAAACGAUGUUCGUCAUCCCAUGAGUUUCACGCCCUUGCUAAAGAAUCCACAUGUGGACUUUCCUUUUUACUUCAUUGAGCUAAGAGCAAUUAGUGUUUGUGGACAAAAAUUACCUAUAAAUAUAUCGGUAUUUUUAAAGGUAGUGACUAUUAUAGACUCUGGCACUGUCAUCACUCGCCUACCUCCAUUGGCCUAUGAAGCCCUUCGAGCUGCUUUUCAAAAACAAAUGUCCAAGUAUCCGAGGGCUCAAAACAUGGAAAUUCUAGAUACAUGCUACAAUUUUAGCACAUACAAUUAUGUAACCAUACCCAAGAUUAGUCUCUUCUUUAAGGGAGAUGUAGAACUGAACAUUGAUGCAUCUGGAAUCAUUGCUAUGCUAGACAAGAAGCAAGCAUGCCUAGCUUUUGCUGGGAACGCAGAUGAAACAGAUAUUUCCAUCAUUGGAAAUUUUCAACAGAAAACACAUACUGUACUCUAUGAUGUUGUUGGGGAGAAACUUGGCUUUGGUGCCUGUGGUUGCUAGUAAGCUGGCUGAGCUCUAUGUGCGUUGUGCAUUUAUAUUAAUAAAAUAUUAAUAUCAAAUUGUCCUCUA